AUGUGCAUCGCAAUGGCGGAUACUUUGGAUAAGUUUCAGCUUAAAGAAGGGAAGCUGAAUUUACUAGAGGGGUACCUUUAUACGUUGGCAAUCACAACGGAGAUUAUAUUCAUAUCAAGUGGUUUCAAUACCACGAUUUCAAAAUUAACGGGACGAAUUUGUCAGCGAGCUGCGGAGUACCUUCAGGCAGAAAAAGCAGAUUAUCCAACUAAGUACCGUUCCAUUGGAAUUUUGCCAUGGAGCAGGGUGAAGCAUUCUGAAGUUUUGGAAGCUACGGGCGAAAUAAAUUAUCCAGCCUGCGAUGAUGAUGAUUCGACCAAACAGUAUCAUCUCUGUCCCGCCUACCGUGACUUUAUAAUGAUCGAUGACGGCUAUCGACGAGGUAGAUCUGGUCCCAACUUCGACUCCUAUGCUGCUGGAAUAUGUGAGAAAAUUCGAGCACCAAAAACGGAAAAAGGCUGGGGUCUGCCCGUGAUUUUAGUGGUCGCUGGCGGAGACUAUGAAGUAUUACGAACUGUUUUUGCCUACACAGGAAUUGGUCUGCCAGUUGUGGUUAUACGAAAUAAUGCUGGUGCACCCAAUGCUCUUUGGGAAGUUCAUAAGCUUUAUACCAAUUCCAGAAAAGAUGUGACUCAACUUAAAAAUGGUAUCAAGCGCAUUCUUGUCGAAAAUCUUUCCCUACAGGAUUCACAACCGUUAAUAAAGGAGAUGAUAAAAAUCUGCAGCCGAAUCGCGGAGCGGUGGGACUUAAUUAAAUUUGUAAGCCUAAAUGAGGAGUCGGACUUGGAUAUCAUUCAGUCCAUUACUGUCGAAACAGCUGAGAAUGAUAUAGGAGCAGUCAAGUUGGCUGUUAAACUUGACAGAACGGAUCUGGCUAAGGAACGUCUGUCGUCGGUCCAAAAACUACCGGAUGUCUGUGACAUGGAAGAACUUCUGACUGACCUACUUAUUGAGGAGAACUUAGAAUUCAUCGAUCUUCUUUUGAACUUCAACCUCAGUAUGGAGCGCUAUCUAACAAUUGAGGCUUUACAGAAGCUAAUAGUAGAUUCUAUGCAUGGGGAAUUUCAGUCUACGUCGGUUUUUUGGGUGUUGGAUUUCCAACACUUUUUGACGUCUGGCAUCGCUUUGGAAGGGAGUUGUGAUACAACUGUUGCAAAGUGCUACAUGGUCAUUGCUAUGAUAACUAAGAAUCUAGAUAUACUGCUCCCUGGAGUUAAGUAUCUGGGUGACACGCAGUUAUGCUUGGUGGUUUUCUUUACAUGCAUAAAAAACCAGGAAUUGUUCUUGUGGGCCAUCUUGCGGCAGCGUCAUGAAUUGGCACUCUUCCUCUGGCGGAAAUGUAAGGACAGUGUUUUCCUGGCAGUAUUCGCCAGCUCACUAUCCCGGCAAAUCGCCCAGGUCAUACCCUCGCACGAACGUCAACGAACAGUGCAAGUGCUAGCAAAUGCGGACGAGUUCGAAGAUUUGGCGGUAACGAUGAUGUCAAGUUGCGCUAAUGUUUAUCCCAAUAUCAAAUGGACAAUCCCAACCCUCACAAAAAUCUCAUGGAACUGUGCGGACACAGAGUGGUUAGGUUUGGUUGGUAAAUGUCGACGGUUCAUGGGCACACGCGAAAUGCAGGACUACAUUAACUUCAAGUGGACAAACAACAUGAGCUCCGGGACCCUGCCCGUAGCCGCAGCGCUGGUCUGUCCACCAUUAUUUGCACUCAGUUACUUUUCUACCGAGCGAACUGAAGCUAUGACACAGGAAGAAAUUAAGGAGCGGUCGAUUGAUGACUCAGAAAUCCGAAACUGCGUUGGAGGCGACCGCUACAUUGUGACGAAACAACUCUCCGUGGGAAAAAUCAUUGCGCUAACAUACAUGUCUGCAAGAGCGAAAUUUUUGCUCCGAUUCAUGAUGUAUGUGUUAUUCCUCUUCUUCGCGACCAACACUGUCUUAAGCGAGAUGCCGGAGGACAGAUAUACUGUUUCAGAACUCCUGCUGGCAAUUAUGCUGUUUAUCCAAGUUCUGGACUCUGGCUUUCCUUUUGUCGUUAUGGCCAGAAAAUGCGGACGGCACCACCUCCAGUUCUUUCUCUCCCUCAGUUUCAUUUGGUGUGAAACCGCAAUAGCACUGCAACUAAUUAUAUGCCUACUUUUGAGACUUUUCCUAAAAGAAAACUUCUUUUUAAUGAAGUCUUUCGCAGCCGUUCUGUGUGAACAAGAAGGCUGUCCUACCAACGACACAACUGUUAGGUGUCCCGUCUUUAAUGCGUUUGUGCCAGUAAUCCUUGCAUGUUACAUGCUCAUGGCAAACAUCUUCCUGGUGAAUUUUCUCAUUGCAAUCUUCAACAACGUUAUUGAGGAGGUUGAGGCCGAGGCGUUGGGAGUAUGGAAGUAUAAUCUGCUCCUAGAAGCUGAGAUAUAUGAGUGUCGUUAUAUUCUGCCUCCACCUCUUACCAUAUUCGAAAUGAUUUAUCACGCCUUUGAAGCGCUCUUCUGCAGAAAAAGAAAGUCUACGGAAUUGGACUCAGAAGCUAAGGCGAAAGCAGAAUCAGAGGAAGCCGAAGAAGACGCAGGCAUUACCGUUAGCGUAGGUGGAGAAGAGUCAAACAAACACGUAGUCCCACGUGAACUCAAAUUACAGGAGAGCCAGGAGGCUUUCAUACAGGCAAACCAGGCGGUACUCAACUUAGCCCUCAUCGAGACUGAGAGGGCCGAACAAGAGGCCGAGAGCCAGAUGGAAAUGGCCCGUGUCAUCACGUUACGACAGACAGUGGAAGGGGUGUUAAACGAAGCGGAAGGCUCUUUGGACGCCUUGACUAUGACGGAAGAAAAAGUGAAAAGGAAGCAUUCAACGCUGGAACUCCACACUGACAGGGAUGAGGAUGAGGAAGCCAAGGUCGAGGAGGAAGCCCCACCUUCAGUGGAAGAGGUCCAGCAACUUUUGUUAGAUUUCGAGGGACGGCUCCUCUCUGACCAAGACUUCAGACUUUUCUCGCCAAGCUCCGAGAACUGUAACUUCCCCAGCGGCCGUCGGUUGUUGUUGCUGCUGGUGGUGGUGCUGCUGCUGAUUCUCCACAUCACUUAUGGUGCUCGCAUUCCUCCCAAGUUCAUGACCUCCGGUUGA